GAGAGAGAGAGAGAGAGAGAGAGAGAGAGAGAGAGACAGAGAGCAGCAGCAGAAGGAGGAGAAGGAGAGAGCAAGCUCACACACACACAUACAGUGCACACAUACAGCCAGCCUGUGUGUGUGUGGGAGCUCUAGUCGCUAGUGUGUGUGUGUGUGUCUCUAGUCGCUAGUCGUUUGAGCAGCACCAUUCAGGAAACAGAGAGCCGUUCUAGCGGCAGCAGUAGCAGCGGAAGACAAGAAACAACGCAGAGGGGGAGGGUGAAGAAAAGCAGAGAAAUAUACCGGCGUGCAAAAACCAAAAGGAGAGAGUGACGGAAGGGUGGAAAGGAAGAAAGGAAGGAAGGAAGGAGAGGAGGAGAGGAGAAGAAAAAAAAAACACACAGGGGGGUGGGCUUGAGAGGAGACGUCUUGUCACGUUGCCUCUGCUGAGAGACCCACGCAGCAAGAUUUCCCUCCGCUGAGCAACCUCAAGACAUUUCUUUUUUUUCCCUUUAUUUUUUUCAUUUUCAUUUUAUUUUUUUCCACCCUUCUGGAGCAUUGUCCUCCGUUAAUUCUUCCUCUUAGGAGGAGGAAGAGAGGAGGAAGAAGAGGAGGAGGAGGAGGAGGAGAGGACCCCCCCUCCUUCCUUUUGGUUGCACUGAAAGGAGGUAGCAGAGAACAGCAGCAUUGGAGGUCUAAGAGAGAGAGAGAGAGAAGGAGAGAGAGAGAGAGACAGGCUGUUGUAUUAUCCCAAUUUCCUCGUCGCCUGCUUGGUCCCGUUCCUUGGCAAGCGAGCGGCUAACCAGCACCGCUCAUGUCCGUCAACUCAGAGAAAUCCUCGUCCCCCGAAAGGCCUGAGACCCAGCAGAAAGUCCCGUCGGCGCCCCCUCCCCCUCCGCCCCCUCCUCCCCCUCCUGAGCCGGUGCUGCCCCCGGAGCCGGAGGAGGAGAUCCUGGGCUCAGACGAUGAGGAGCAGGAGGACCCCGCCGACUACUGCAAAGGAGGGUACCACCCGGUGAAGAUCGGGGAUCUCUUCAACGGCCGCUACCAUGUGAUCCGCAAGCUGGGCUGGGGACACUUCUCCACCGUCUGGCUAUGUUGGGACAUCCAGGGAAAGCGCUUCGUGGCCAUGAAGGUCGUGAAGAGUGCUCAGCACUACACAGAAACAGCCCUGGACGAGAUCAAACUGCUCAGAUGCGUGCGAGACAGUGACCCCGGUGACCCUAACAAGGACAUGGUGGUGCAGCUCAUCGAUGACUUCAAGAUCUCGGGAAUUAAUGGCAUUCAUGUGUGUAUGGUGUUUGAGGUGCUGGGUCACCAUCUACUGAAAUGGAUUAUAAAGUCCAACUACCAAGGCCUGCCGCUGCCCUGCGUCAAAAGUAUUAUCCGACAGGUUCUGCAGGGCCUGGACUACCUCCACUCGAAGUGUAAGAUCAUCCAUACGGACAUUAAGCCGGAGAACAUCCUGUUGUGUGUGGAUGACGCCUUCGUGCGGCGCAUGGCUGUGGAGGCCACCGAGUGGCAGAAAGCCGGCGCCCCCCCUCCCUCUGGCUCUGCAGUCAGUACAGCCCCACAGCAAAGACAGGUGGGCAAGAUCUCCAAGAACAAGAAGAAGAAGUUGAAGAAGAAGCAGAAGCGGCAGGCGGAGCUGCUGGAGAGACGGCUGCUGGAGAUCGAGGCCCUGGAACGCGAGGCCGAGCGGCAACGAGCCAAUGAGAGCCCAGAAGAGGACAAUGACAUCCCCACCCCCCGGGGCGGUCGCAACCCUCGAAGCAACAACCCCAACGCAAACUCUAACCCGGCCCCCGGGCCCGCCAUCGCCCCGGCCGACACGGACGAUGAGGAUGACGAUGAUGACGAUGAUGCGGAGGAAGAGGAGGAGGAGGACGAGGGGGAGAGGGAGAGGCCUGUCAGACUCACCAACCACACCUGUGCAGCUCGUAAUGAGCAGGUAGGGGACGUGCCGCCUGUGGAGGUCUCCAGCACCACAGAGGACGGGGAGGGAGAGAACCAGAAACUGAAGUCUAGUCCACCCAGCCCAGAGAGGAAGCGGACCAGCAGCCCCAGCAGCCCCAGCAACAACCCCACACACACAAACACAAACACAAACACAAACACAAACAACCCCAAACCAGAAGGAGAAAACCAACAGAAGGACCAAGAGAAGAACCAAAAGGAGGAGAAGAAGGAUGCAAAAGCGGAGGAGGAAGAGGAGGAGGAAGAGGAGAACGACGAUGAUGAGGAGGACGAUGAUGAGGAUGAGGAUGAUGAUGAGGAGGAAGAGGAGGGUGGUCAGAGGGAUGUGGUAGAGCAGGAGAACAAGAACAAAGAGGACAAGGAGGAAGAGGAGCAUCGAGAAGAGGAGGUGAAGGAGGAGGUGAAGAAGGUGAAGAAGAAGAACAAGAAGGAUGAAGAUGAUGAAGAAGUAGAGACCAAGCUGGAGAAGAAAGAGUCACCAAAGAACGACAACGAUGAGGACAGCAAAGAGGAAAUCAAGGAGGAGAAGGAGGAGAAAGAGGUGGAGAAGGAGGACAAGGAGGAGAAGGAGAAGGAAGGAGGUGGCGAGGAAGAGGAGGACGAUGAUGAUGAAGAUGACGAAGAAGACGACGAUGAUGAAGAUGAUGACGACGACGAUGAUGAUGAAGACGACGAUGAGGAAAUCGAACAACAGCCUCGCAGGAACAACCCCAACCCCAACACCAAUAGUAACAGCAACAACGCCACCAGCACCAACACCAACAUCAACAACGCCAACCUGGACAUCUCCAAGGCCAACGGGCACAUCCUGGUGGGCGUGAAGGAGUUGACCCUGGGCAUCGCGGUGGUGACGCCCGCCUCACCUCUUCUCUGCCCCCUGGUGGAGUCUGAGAUCAGCACCACGGACCGCGACGCCUCCGAUGCCUCGUACGAGCUCUACAACGGCGGCGAGAACCCGCCAGGGUUGACCAACGGGGCGCGACACCGCACCACAUCUCCGCGCUUCCCCGACCUGCCGCUGGACCCGGAGCCGGGCGGCCUGACCCUCCUGCCGGGCCUACCGGGCUCCCAGCAGCAGCAACAGGGUCCCGUACACCUACGCCACCAGGGGCCCCUCAGCCCCAGCGGAGACCGCAGCAGAACCGUCUCCUCCUCCAGCACCGGAGACACACCCAAAGGUAAAGUUCGUGCUGCUGACCUGCUGGUGAAUCCGCUGGACCCACGCAACGCAGACAUCCUGAGAGUCAAGAUCGCAGACCUGGGCAACGCCUGCUGGGUGCAUAAGCACUUCACGGAGGACAUCCAGACGCGACAGUACCGCUCCAUCGAGGUGCUCAUCGGGGCCGGCUACAGCACGCCCGCAGACAUCUGGAGCACCGCCUGCAUGGCGUUUGAGCUGGCCACUGGAGACUACCUGUUUGAACCGCACUCAGGGGAGGACUACUCACGAGAUGAAGAUCACAUCGCUCUGGUCAUGGAGCUCCUUGGGAAGGUUCCUCGUAAGGUGAUCGCCGCCGGGAAGUACAGCAGGGAGUUCUUCUGCAAGAAAGGCGAGUUGAGGCACAUCACCAAGCUGAAGCCGUGGUCGCUGUUCGACGUGCUGGUUGAGAAGUACGGCUGGUCGGCGGAGGACGCGGGACACUUCACCCACUUCCUGCUGCCCAUGCUGGAAAUGGUGCCCGAGAAGAGGGCCUCGGCCGGGGAGUGCCUCAACCACCCCUGGCUCAACUCGUAGCAGCACCGCCGCCGGGCCGCAGCUGGGCCACGACUGGGCCGCAGCCGGGCCUCCGCUGGCCUCCACCCCCAGGACAGACCAGAGGGGUACUGUAGUAAGAAGCUGGUUC